UGCUUCCACCUAUUGGUUAAAACUAUCAUCAAUUUCAGUAUGUCCUUUUCCAAUUCGGGCACAAACUUUCCAAUAAUAUGCCCAUUAAUAAACUGCAACCUUGAAGGAGAAAACAAGCUUGAAAAAGAAUAAGAAAAUAACAGGUGUAUCCUACAUAUUUGCCAUGGUGAAGGAGGGUAAGGGACUGCUCAGCGGCUCAAAGGAAACAUGUUUGUCCUUUGUUUUGUGUUCCCUUGUAGUGGAUGGCUGCAUUAUUCCUGAACGAUUAUGUCGCACCUGUUGUUGUUCAGUGUUACUAGCUACCGCUAGGCUAAUGUUUCUAAAACAGACUAUGUUUAUUUGUAUAUUGAGAGCCGUUACAAUGUACCAAAUGCCAUGAUAUUGAAUGCAUUGUUAUAUUGUGUCAAUUAUCGGAAGUUGCACCUCAGGUAUGACCCAUGGAAGCAGAAGGGAAUUUAUAUAAUGACCAACCCAGUUAAAAAGGUGAGAAGAGCAGACAAACUACUCCAGAAGUUAAAGGGACCAGACAACAAAGAAUCACAUGAUCUCAGGAAACUACUGUCCCUGCUUGAAACUAAUGCUCACAGACACCAGGUGGCAGUAUUGAGUCAGUCAUGUAAGGUCCGCAACAGUGGAGGAAGAUCCCAGACCAUUCUCCAGCUAAAUACUGCCAGCAACAAUAGGAGUCAGAUUCACAUAACCUCUGAAGAUCAUGAGCUGGAGAAAUUCAGUGCAACAUACAGAAAUCAACAUUGUUUCAACAGUCAUCCUCAACAUAAGCUUUUUUUGGAGAUCCUUACCUCUUUGGUCAAGAACAGACUGUGCAGUGACUGGGUCGAACAUGCACCACCUGAGUCUGUCCUUAGAGUACUCAUCUGUCUACGAUUGCUCGUAAGAGAACCACUUUAUCAGAGAGUUUUUCAUCAACUCCAAGGUGUUGAUCUUCUCGCAAGGUACAUGGAGUUGGUGUGCAGCAGUUAUCUGGGGUGUGGAGAGCAGACAUUUGCCAUGGAGAAGUUGGUCACCAUGACGUAUAUGUUUCAGAAACUGUCUGCAGUGGAGGACCAAAGGCAGUGGGUUAUUGAGAGUGGCGCUCAUAAGACCCUGGUAAAGCUCCUAUCAACACGUGACAGCAGUGUAUUACUAGGUGCCCUCCUAGCACUCACCUCAUUGGCUGAGAGUUCAGAAUGCAAGAAGACGAUAGGAGAGUUGUCAAUCGUGGAGAAUCUUCUUGUUAUACUACAAGAUUAUGACUUACUGUCCAAAAGGAUGAGUGCAGAGUUGCUGCGGCUGCUUUCCCCGGUGCGGCAGGUGCGGGAGCAGGUGAGGGAGUGCGAGGGCCUGCCGGUGCUGCUCAGCCUGCUGCACAGGGAGCACCUGAAGCUGCUGUGGAGCGUAGUGUGGGUCCUGGUCCAGCUGUGUGAGGAGCCAGACACGAGCGCCGAGAUACGCACCUGGGGAGGGGUGCAACAGCUGCUUCACAUCCUCGACAGUGAGCGGGCGUACGUUUCGGACCGCUCCUCUAUCGAGGCCCUCUGCAGCGCCAAUGCAGCGGGACGCAUCCAGAGACAGCACGUCAGUGAGGAGCUCAGUCCACAGGAGGAUGUGGACGACACCAUGUCUCUACAGUCAGCAUGCUGUGCGGCUCUGAAUGAGCUCGUUUUGGAUGACACCACUGCACAUCAGGUGGUUCAGGAGAAUGGGGUCUAUGUAAUUGCGAAAUUGAUUCUGCCACAAAGCUUUCGCAAUGGACCAAAAGCAAUAUCCCUACAGUGCUAUGCAUUUCGGACCCUACGUUUCCUCUUCAGCAUGGAAUGUAACCGACAUCUAUUUAAAAGGCUCUUUCCUACAGAUUUAUUUGAGCUGUUCAUUGAUGUUGGACAUUAUGUGAGAGACAUCACUGUCUAUGAAGCACUUCAAGCAAAAGUUUCUCUCUACACUCAGGAGGAAUUGGACAGCCUGAGGGAGAAUAUUGAGACUAUCGACCAGAACCGCCCUCCUCUGAGAGUGAUCAAUGGCUACUCCAUACUGGACCAUCUAGGCACUGGGGCAUUCGGCAGUGUGUUCAAGGUGAGGAAACAGAGUGGUCAGAACCUUCUGGCUCUGAAGGAAGUGAAUCUCCACAACCCUGCCUUCGGUAAAGAUAAGAAGUCCAGAGACAGCAACGUGGAGAAGAUAGUGUCUGAGCUCACCAUCAUUAAGGAACAGAUGACCCAUCCAAAUGUUGUCAAAUAUUACAAGACAUUCUUGAAAGGUGACAGGCUAUACAUUGUCAUGGAGUUGAUAGAAGGUGUUCCCCUCUGGGACCAUUUCAACUCUCUGAAAGAGAAGGAGCAGCAAUUCACAGAGGAGAGACUUUGGAACAUAUUCAUCCAGAUGUGUCUGGCUUUAAGGUACCUGCACAAGGAGAAGAGGAUCGUCCACCGAGACCUCACUCCUAAUAACGUCAUGCUGGGAGAGAGGGACAAAGUCACUAUCAGUCAGUCAAUCACCGUUGUCCUUUUCAUGCUCUAUUUCUCUCUCCUCAUGGCAUCUUCUACUAAAACCAGAGGCACACCUGACUUUGGGCUGGCUAAACAGAAACAGGAGAACAGCAAGCUAACAUCAGUGGUUGGGACCAUACUGUACUCCUGUCCAGAGAUAGUGAAGAGUGAGCCAUAUGGGGAGAAGGCUGAUGUCUGGGCUAGCGGAUGUAUCCUCUACCAGAUGGCCACACUGAGGCCUCCAUUCUACAGCAGCAACAUGCUCUCCCUCGCCACCAAGAUUGUGGAGGCAGUCUAUGAACCAGUGGAGGAAGGCAUUUUCUCAGAGAGAGUCACAGACAUGAUUAAAUGCUGCCUGACAACCGACGCAGACUUGCGUCCAGACAUUGUGGAAGUCAGCUCCAAGAUCUCUGACAUCAUGAUGAGGUUCAUGGACAGUUUGUAUACUUCCCAGAAUGCUUUGGAGAGGAGGGCAGAGCGAGACAGGAAGCGAGCACAGAAGUACUUCCUGGAGAGCCAUCGGGGCAGGGGCAGCUGCUGCCACUCCUCUAAAGACCAGGAGAAAACCAGUACUAGGACUGACUCUGAUGAGUCCAUGGUACCAUAUUUCUCUUUAGGCCACAGCUCAAAUCAAAGCAAAAAAAUACACAGCCAAGGUAAAUCUUUCUUGGAUUAUAUGGCCAUAAUUAAUGUUUCUCAUAACAUUUGCUACCAUCUUGAUUAUGAUCUAUGUGUUUAUAUAGAUAAUGGCUCAGAUAAAGAUCUAGAUCCCUCUCACACCAACAUCUCCACUGUCUCGGGGUAUAAAGACGCUGGGCCGAUAAAGAGUAGUGUCGGUGCUUCUGUGGUAGAUGAACCAAACUUAGCUGGUGGUGAGUUUGCUGUUCCGAAGCCAAAACCUCGACCAGUGUCAGCAGGAAUCUGUGUGUCUCAGAGGAAGGUUCGGCAGAUUGAUGAUCCCGUCCAAAGACUCCUGGUACAACUGCAUAAGAUCAUUUACAUCACUCAGCUUCCCCCAGCUCUUCAGCACAGUGUCAAACGGCGGGCGAUUGAGAGAUUCAAAAAGUCCCUGUUCCACUACGAAAGCAGUCCCUACAAUCUCAAGGUGGAGCUUAACAAGCUGCUUCAGGGGUCUCCAGAGCUAAUGGAGUCAGGCUCUGCCAGCUCAGACUGGUGGUCUCUGGUCCAGUCUUUUGGAGGAGACCAUCUAGGUGCUGCCAAGCAAGCAGGGUUGGGUGAUAUGGAAAAUGGUGAUCUCAAGGAGGGAAUCAGCUAUGAGCAGAUGCAGGCCAUUAUAGAGGAGGUUCUGGAGGAGAAUGGAUACUACAACGCAAUGAGGAUUGACCAGGGUGCAACAGGGGCAAACAAGUGACCUUCAUCCUUAUAAAUCAUAUCUUCAUUGGCAUGCUAGUGUUUUGCAGUCACACUGUCGAAAUGGGCUAGCACUACAUUUCUUUGAGAGGCUGAUAACCUUGAGAAGGAAGUAGAUCAAUGAUACACAGUCUGCAUAAAGGGGAAGUGUUUCACGACAGGCUCAAACAGACAAAUAGUACUGAUUUCGGGUCAAAGAAAUCAGUCAUACGUCUUCAAGACAUAUGCAUAUUAGACUAUUUAUGGCCUAUGAAAUUGAAGCUGUAUGGUCACUUGGAGUUUUUCCUCUUUGAGUUUGCACUGAGCUAAUGUACUCAUGCAUUGAUCAUAUGUACAAAUCUAUACAGAUUCUAGGGUCUUUCUCAGUGUUGUGUGAGGUUUGUGUGGUUAUUUUGUGAUCUCUCUCUCUCAGGUUACACUUUCUUUAACUCUAAGUAGACUCAGGAUAGGGAUAUUACUGCUUUAUCUCUGGUAUUGUCUGACCUGCAUCAGACGGCCUGUUCCUAAUGUCGCUAUACAAUGACGUGUUUGUUGUUGUUGUUGUUGUUGAGGACUUUUGCACAGUUAAAUAGUCUACUUCCAGAUGAUAUUCUAUGUUAAAUGUUAUUAAUUGUACAUUUUGUUUCUAAACAGCUAUGCUUUGAGGAAAUCUCAGGUGAAGCGAGAUGCACUUUCUACCUAUGUUUAACUUUCUUCAGACAGGUAUCCGUGUCCUCAGGUCUGUGUGUUAAUAGAAACUAUUGCAUGUAUUUCCAUUACAUGGGAAAUAAAUCUAUUGCUGUGGAGAAUUCUGUU